GUCUGAGUAGUGCUGUUGAGGGCUCGACAGUCAGAGAGGACAGAGAAUGCAGCUUUGGGUUUGGGUGAGCCAACGUUGUAUGACAAACUUAUCCAUAAUCUUCGGUGUCCUCCUAAAACGUCUGAACAUUUGCAACCAAAAACAAGUGUCGUAUCAAGAAGGAGAUAAAGUGGCCGCGGCUUCACUGCGGUGUUGGAAUAGCCUACAAGGGUGUCAGUGUGAGGCGGACAUCUUGGACUGACACACCUCUCGUGCUGUGCUGCUGGUCGGUCUGACUUUGUUGUGUGUGUGUGUGUGUGUGUGUGUGCUCAGUGGGAUAAAUGAGAGGCUUGGCUGAGGAGCGCAGCAGUGUUGGAACACACAGUCCAGCCCAAUCAGCGGGAUGUCGUGGGCCAGAGGGUUCUUCGUAGCCAGAGUGGAUGAGAGAAAGACGGCGUGGGGCGAGCGCAAUGGCAACAAGUCCAAGAGGACGGACGGCUCGUCCCUGUGCAACCCGCGCUACAUGAGCUGCCUGCGGGACUCGGAGGACUUGGAGCCGCCCCCUCCGGCCCCCCAGCACUACCACUGCGGAGCCGGGGCCAGCGGGGGCAACUUUGGCAUGCGUUGCGUCUGGCAGGAGGACCACUACGGGAAGCAGGUGGGGGGAGCGGGCGACCUGGGCCUGAAGUCUGUGGCCCUGGGCUUCGAGGACGGGGAGCUGAAGGGGAGGAAAGGCCCGGAGGAGGGAGGGGAGGACGGAGGGGAGGACGGCACGGGCGGCUGCAAGGCGGUGACGGCGGCGGACUUUUGGACCAGGCUGGUGCGGGUGUUCCAGUCCAAGAAGUUCCAGUCGGCCAAACUGGAGCGUCUGUACCAGCGCUACUUCUUCCGACUCAACCAGAGCUCCCUGACCAUGCUGAUGGGCGUGCUGGUCAUCGUGUGCGGGAUCAUGCUGGCCUUCCACUGCGUCCACGGCCCCCCGGACGUAGCCUACGCCUCGGUGCUCUCCGUGGCCAUCGGCACCUUCCUGGCCAUGAUGGUGGUGUGCAACCGCAACGGCUUUCACCAGGACUACAUGUGGAUCGUCAGCUACCUGGUGAUCGGGGUGCUGAUGGUGGUGCAGGUGUUCGGGGUGCUGAUGGUGGCCCCUCGCAGCGCCUCGGAGGGGAUCUGGUGGUCCGUGUUCUUCAUCUACAUCAUCUACACGCUGCUGCCGGUGAGGAUGAGGGCGGCCGUGCUGAGCGGCGCCGCGCUCUCCACCAUCCACCUGGUCACCGCCUGGCAGCUCAACCAGGACGACAAGUUCAUCCUCAAACAGAUCAGUGCCAACGUGCUGAUCUUCCUGUGCACCAACAUGAUUGGGGUGUGCACCCACUACCCUGCGGAGGUGUCCCAGAGACAGGCCUUCCAGGAGACCAGGGGCUACAUCCAGGCCAGGCUGCACCUGCAGAGGGAGAACCAGCAGCAGGAGCGCCUGCUGCUGUCUGUGCUGCCGAGGCACGUUGCCAUGGAGAUGAAGGCAGAUAUCAAUGCCAAGAAGGAGAAUAUGAUGUUCCACAAGAUCUACAUUCAGAAACACGAUAAUGUCAGUAUACUGUUUGCAGACAUAGAGGGUUUCACCAGUUUGGCGUCCCAGUGCACAGCGCAGGAGUUGGUUAUGACCCUGAAUGAGCUCUUUGCCCGCUUCGACAAACUGGCUUCGGAGAACCACUGUCUGCGUAUUAAAAUCCUGGGGGACUGCUACUACUGUGUGUCUGGUCUCCCUGAGCCGCGGGCCGAUCACGCUCACUGCUGUGUGGAGAUGGGAGUGGACAUGAUAGAGGCCAUCUCGCUGGUGAGGGAGGUCACGGGCGUCAAUGUCAACAUGCGUGUGGGCAUCCACAGCGGACGUGUCCACUGCGGCGUGCUCGGGCUGCGCAAGUGGCAGUUUGACGUGUGGUCCAACGACGUGACGCUGGCCAAUCAGAUGGAGGCGGGGGGCGCGGCGGGGCGUAUCCACAUCACCAAGGCCACCCUGCAGUAUCUAAACGGUGACUAUGAGGUGGAACCUGGUUCUGGAGGAGACAGGAACGCCUACCUGAAGGACAACAACAUCGAGACCUUUCUGGUGCUGGGCUGCAGCCAGAAGAGGAAAGAGGAGAAGGCCGUGAUGGCCAAGAUGCAGCGGGCGCGCGCCCCCUCCACCGAGGGCCUGAUGCCACGCUGGGUGCCUGACAGAUCCUUCUCCAGGACCACAGACUCCAAAGCCUUCAGAAAGAUGGGCAUCGAUGAAACGUCCAGCAAAGACAACCGCUGCGCCCAGGAGGCGCUGAACCCGGAGGAUGAGGUGGACGAGUUCCUGGGACGAGCCAUCGACGCCCGCAGCAUCGACCAGCUCCGCAAAGCCUACGUCAAGAAGUUCCUGCUCACCUUCCAGACCGCCGCGCUGGAGAAAAAGUAUUCGAAAAAGGUGGACGAUCGCUUCGGAGGCUACGUGGCCUGCACCCUGCUGGUGUUCUGUUUCAUCUCCUUCAUCCAGAUCAUCAUCUUCCCACACACGCCCCUGAUGCUGGGCCUCUUCAUCAGCAUCUUCAUCAUCCUCGCCAACAUCCUCUUCAUCUGUGCCAUCUACUCCUGCAUCAAGCUCUUCCCAGAGGCCCUGCAGACCGUGAGCAGACGGAUCGUUCAGUCGCGCACCAACAGCACUCUGGUGGGCGUCCUCACCAUCCUCCUCCUCUUCAUCGCCGCCUUCGUCAACAUGUUUACCUGUGACCGGGAGGGCCUGGUGGAGUGUGUGGCCCGCGAGCACAACACCUCCCAGAGCUCCGUGACCCUGUGUCUGCUGCACAACCUCUCUCAGGCAGCCGACGACGGGCUCACCCUCUGCAACAGCCGGGACACACCCUGCCACUUUCCUGAGUACUUCAGCUACAGUGUGCUGCUGACCCUGCUGGCGUGCUCCGUGUUCCUCCACAUCAGCAGCACGGGGAAGCUGGCCCUCAUGCUGUCCCUCCAGCUGGUCUUCCUGCUGCUGGUGGAGUGGCCCCAGGUGGCCCUGUUGGACAAUUCCGACCUCCUGGUGACGGCCAACUCCCUGUCUAUAACUCCUUCGAAUGAGACUCUGCAGUGGUUUAUUGGUUUCAAUGAAACUGAGGAAUGUCAAGAGAGUGUGACCAAGGUGUCCCUCAAGGUCAUGACCCCGAUCAUCCUGACCGUGUUUGUACUGGCUCUGUACCUGCAUGCCCAGCAGGUGGAGUCCACCGCACGCCUCGACUUCCUGUGGAAGCUGCAGGCCACCGAGGAGAAGGAGGAGAUGGAGGAGCUGCAGGCCUACAACCGACGCCUCCUCCACAACAUCCUGCCCAAGGACGUGGCCGCCCACUUCCUGGCGCGCGAGCGCCGCAACGACGAGCUCUACUACCAGUCGUGCGAGUGCGUGGCCGUCAUGUUCGCCUCCAUCAGUAACUUCUCGGAGUUCUACGUGGAGCUGGAGGGCAACAACGAGGGCGUGGAGUGUCUCCGGCUGCUCAACGAGAUCAUCGCCGACUUUGACGAGAUCAUCAGCGAGGAUAAGUUCCGUCAGCUGGAGAAGAUCAAGACCAUCGGCUCGACCUACAUGGCCGCCUCGGGCCUCAACGACUCCACCUACGACCGCGAGGGCCGCUCCCACAUCCUGGCCCUGGCUGACUACGCCAUGCGCCUCAGGGAGCAGAUGAAGUACAUCAACGAGCACUCCUUCAACAACUUCCAGAUGAAGAUAGGUCUGAACAUGGGACCUGUAGUAGCUGGGGUCAUUGGUGCCAGGAAACCUCAGUAUGACAUCUGGGGGAACACAGUGAACGUGGCCAGCCGUAUGGACAGCACUGGUGUCCCCGACUGCAUCCAGGUGACCACAGACCUGUACCAUGUGCUCUUCAACCGGGGCUACCAGCUGGAAUGCCGAGGCGUGGUCAAGGUGAAGGGGAAGGGAGAGAUGACCACCUACUUCCUCACCAGCGGGCCCCAGGGGAGUUAAGCUCCAGCUGCACUCACACAAAGGGACGCCAGGACAGAGAACCCAGCGAGAGCGAGUGGUCGAACUCGCAAAAGACGAGCCCAACCACAGGACCACACUGGGGAGCGGACGGUGUCCAAGAAGGACCCGGUUGGGUGUGCGUGCUGGAGCUCUCCUGUAUUCAAAUGUGCGCGGACACACACACACACACACAACACAACACGUCGGAAAAGUGUUCUCGUUUCCCUACUAAGCUGCUUCAUGUAUGAUUUGAAGAAGACCUAUUGCCUUAGAAGGAGAUGACUGAGCUUAACUAAAGGCUAUGUUUGUGCGAGAGUACAAGUACCACACAGUUCCUUAUUUAUUUUCAUGGCAAAGUUUGUUUGCUGUUUUGUUAUUUUCGGGACACCCUUCUGACGAGACUCUAUACGCGUAUAAAUAUGCAAGGAUGACAAGAAGGAUGAAAAUGACCAAAGAACAAAAGGUUUGAUAUGAGGGGAAAGUUAUCUGGAAUUUUCUCUACUGGUCUACCUUUCACUUUGGACACGGCCAUGUUACUGUCGUUUAGUCUAACACUUCUUUUGUUUUGGGACUUGAUAUACUCAUGGAGGAAAACAAGCACACACACACACACACACACACACACACAUGUAGAGCAGCCUUGGAUCGUAUUUCUGGAUUCUUAUCAGGGCCUCCAGUCUGCAGCGAUGUCCUAGAUCACAGUAUGAACAUAACGCUUCUGUGUCUUCUCUUUUCAAUGCAUAAAAUACUGGAGAUGUUAGUUUUUGGUACACACCAGAAGGAAAAUGUUGUGAUGGACAAAUGGUUCCGUUCUGUAUCACGGUACUGGAAAUUUUAACUGUUAUGAGAAGUUUUGUAAUUGUGUGUGUGUGUGUGUGUGUAAACGCCUGUGCGUGUGGGUGGGUAUGUGUGUGUGAGAGAGAGUGCGAGUGUGUGAAAUGGAAUGCUGUUCUUGAUCUUUAAAGGGGAAUAACUUUUCACUGUGAGGUUUUUAUGAAACUUAAAAUGAUACUGACAAAAUGCUUUCUUGCCAAACUGGUUAUUACAAGGCAUGUGUUUUUCUUCUUAUAUGUUGGAGUUGUCUGUUCAUUCCUCAUUUUCUGUUUUUUUUUCAUUACCUUGCUUUCCCCAUGCUUUCUAUUUGGAUGUGAUUAGGAUUGUUUUUGUUUCAUUCCAUCCUGGAUGACCGUCACAUUUUCUUUUAGUUUUUUUAGGGGUCAGACAGAUGAAUGCUGUCUGGACAAUACUUACCUGUACAGUAAACAACGUUACACUGGGAGACCUAAAUAUACCCUAUACAACAGGUGCUUCAGCCUACUCUGCUCCAUGGCAUUUAGUGUUUGAUGGUAUCGAACAGUAUUGGCACACAGUCUCUUUACUCCCCAAGGAGCAUUAAGAAACAUUUAUUUCAUUCAUGUAUAAAAAAAGAAAUGUGUCUGACUACUGUAACUGUGACUCAUGUUUCAAAGUAAUUUCUCACAACACAAAAGAGAUAUAAGACGAUACGAAAACCACUGACAAUGUUGCAAAUGUGGUUGAGAGACAAGCCGAAAUGAUGCACUGUGUAAAACUUUUUUACCUUUUAUUUUACCAGGCAAGUCAAUUAAGAACAUUCUUAUUUACAGUAACUAUUUAAAAUAGGAGAGAGUAGUCAAUAGACUCUGAGCUUGUGUAGGUGUUGAGGUUGUUGCUCUGAUGCUGGAGUGAGAGAGGGUUGCUGUCAUAGUCUCUCUCACCGUGGUGGAAUCCUGAACCCAUCAUUCAAUAAACAUGUUGUGAUCCCAGUUUUCUUUUUUUCAAUUUUUUUUUCAAUUUUUUUUUUUUUUUUUACAUUCAUUUGUAUUGUCUUGAAGCUGGAAGGCUCACAACAUAUAUUUUUUUGCAUUCCAGAAAAUACUUCCCUUGGAUAAGAGAUCAAUAAAUGGAUGUUUUGUAUUA